UCGCGAUCUACAGAGUCCGCCUUGUUCACUUGUUUCCGAUUCCGCUCGUUUCCUCCGGCGCCAUUUCUUCAGCUCAGGCACAGCUCGUUGAAGAUUGAGUGAGACGUUGAAGACAGUGACUUGGAAAAUGCUUGAUUGGUAGAAGACGAGAUGGCCACAUGCAAUAACAGGAUGGCAUUCCGUUGGUCUUCAUCCCAUCAUCCAUCGUCCAAAACUCAAAUGCCACGUCUUCUCCGCAAUCGCACAUUUCACAUCUCAUCACUGCAGUCAGCUCGUGUCUGUUUGUGGAGGAUCGAUUUCUAUCUAUCCAUCCAUCCAUCCAUCCAUCCAUCCAACAUGCCAUUCCAACUGCGCAUCGAGUGCUUGCGCUUUGGCUGCAGCACCAGUGCACUCGUCAAUGACUGGAGAAUGACAAACUUUCGGGAGUCUGGAACGAGCGGCGACAUGGAGGUUAUUGAUAGACAGGGGCAGUACCUCGUACUCCGGUGCCAAAGGAAAAAGCAAUGUUGAGGAAGCAGUGGCCUGAGUGGACAGAGCUCCGCGACCAUGCCCAGAUUUGAGGCUGUUCCACAAAGGGCCUCGCAAGCGUUUUGUUGAUCGUCGACGCUUGUCACUCCCCAAGCGCGCGUCCGCCACGAGAGGGGGGGAAAGACUGGUCGAAAUCGCCUCUACCUGCUGGGGUACCUCGGAGAUUCGCACGGCUGGGUAUCUAGGGAUAUCGAUCCCACGGGUGCUAUCUUUGGAGGUGGCUUUCCAUUCAUUCAGCCCAAAAUCCAGCUGCCUGGGCUUAGAGCUACAUACUACUGUAUGGAUCCACAGUGAGAGCUUCGGCGCAGCUUUGGUGUAUUAUCAUCAUAGUGUUUCAGAAUGCGCAAUCGAGUGAUCCUGCCCAACUUGAAUAUCCAAGUGGAAGUUGGUGUCAAUUUUCCAUGAUCGUUUUCCUUUCUCACAAUGAUCUCAUACCAGUCUUCUGCAAUUCUACGUUACUACUGGCUGUUAGGUACCUAAGCGGGCAGGCAUUUGCGUGACCAACACUGCCCCGCCACCACGUCACCACAUAAUACACGGUUUUGGAUAUCGACUGUUUGCCAAAGAGGCGGGACGAGGCUUAAACUCGCGUUCCCUUUGUUCAACUUGAACCCUUUCUACGGCCCAGCCGAACUACUCUCAUGCCAUCGCUUUCAUCGGUGACCAGCUGUAUUCUCCUCGACAGCCUGCUUACUCAUACGGAGAGCACCUUUGCCCAGUCAGUCGCAUAUUGGAAGCUCACGUAUAGGCCGAAUUCUGUUUCUUCGCAUGAUAUGGGACGUUGAUCCAACCUCACGCACUUACAGCGGCACGGGGCCGAAAUCUUGCUCCCGUGGUUUAGCCGUAUCCAGCUUGUGAAGCUCGACAACGACAAGGUCGAAAUGGCAGCUGUGUCGCCUCAACGUUCACAGGAUAGUCGGCGGGCCCGACUCCUGGAACUCGCUGUCGCCGUUGGUGUUACCGAGCUACCGCCUAUCUCGCCACUCCCUCCGACCCGACUACCUACCCCGAGCCCACAAGAUGAUUUGCAAGCGGAAGAACUCCUCAGACACCGACGACAAGCUGAGAACCCUGAAAGCUCACAAAGUACCCUAAAACGAGCCUUUUCGUCUACCAAGAAGCCAUGGGAAGCCAAAGAAAUCUUCGACGCCCUCGACAACCAUGUCGCCUCUGGGGGUUCGCCCGCUAUCGCAAAUGUUCUCAUUCGAAAACUGUUCGAGCUUGGGGGGGAUCCGAACAUCAAAGCUUUAAAAGGCAGCAGGUCAGACUCCAUUCUGUCUAGAAGAAGGAGCUUGAAGUCCCAAGAACGGAGUGAGAUAUUGCAGAAGGCGAUCCAGAACCGUCAAACGGACAUGGUUGCCGUCUUGGUCCAUUAUGCAGACCAUAUCGCGCUCGACAUGGCAUUGCCCGACGCAAUACGAUCCAAAGACCUCAUAAUACUGGGCCUGCUACUGCAACGCGGCGCAAAUCCUGCCCAGUCGCAGAAUGCCCAAAUCGAAUUUCGCCAGCUAUGUAUUGCGGGUGGUCAUCCGGAUCUUGUAGGACUUAUUCUUCAGUCACCGGGCGGCUUCUCGUCACAGCUACUCUCCUUAUGCCUCAUCGAUGCCUCACGAAAGGGAUGUCUUGAGACGGUCUGGAGACUGAGCAGGUCAGUCGCGGAUGCCGACUUUGACACGGCCGAAGCUCUCAGGACAGCGAUUGGGCAGAGCAGAGUUGACAUUGCACUCGCCAUCUUGACGGGGAAACAGCCACCUACACCCGGAGGGGCCGGUCUGAUGGAGAGCUUCAAACAGCUUCUCAGCCAAUCCAUUGGCCCCAAUGAGAAGCUGUUCUUGACAGAGGCGCUUUUGUGCGCCGGUGCCCCUGGCGAUAUGGCGGCCGUCGCCUUGCAGCAAGCGUGCCAGGCUGAAAAUGUCGACAUGAUUCAUCUUUUGGUCCAAAACGGAGCUUCAGUUGAGUACCAAGAUGCCAAGGUAUUAUGUGAUAUCAUUACGAAAGGAAACUACAACCUUCUUCAGCUACUAUUAAAUGAUCGAACGCGUCUGAGUCCCAGCCUCGCAUCUCGGUGUGUUGGAGUGAUUCCGACGACAGUCAGCCCGGAAAACCGAUAUGCCUUUCUCAACAUCCUGCUUCGGAAAGGUGCCGGGGGCACUGCGUUGGGCGACGCGCUCAUUGCUGCGGUGAGGGCUGGAGAUGAUCAGUCGGUAAAUUUGCUGCUUACACCGUAUUUUCCCGAAAACCCUGUUCCAGAAGGGAAGCUCCGAAAAGGCUCGCCACAGAUGAAGCACGCCCGACAUGAAAUGGCCUCGGUGGACCACUUGAAUGGAAUGGCUCUAAACAACGCAGUCAUGAUCGAGAACAUAGACAUGGUGAAGAAGCUUCUGACAGGAAAGCCGUCCCCGUCAACGCUGGAGCAAGUGUUUCCGCAGGUCAAGAAAUUGGCUCCUAAUGAACGUUACCUCAUUACCGAGGCUUUUCUGGCUGCUGGGCUUUCUGGGCCCUGUCUAUCCGCUGCGUUGACAGGGGCAAUCGAAGAACAACACCCCAGACGAGACGAUAGGUUCAUUUCCCUUCUUUUGCGAUACACUGAAGGCACAUACUCCGACAAUAAAUAUGGAGUCUUGGCUUCCAUUGCUGUUGGGGAUGUACCACUCCUGCGCAAAAUGCUCAAGAGGCCACUCUCACCUCAAACGUCUGUUGCGGCUAUGGCUAAAGCCAUGUUGAUUAAACAUCAAGAAGUCCGGUAUACGAUCGUGGAGUUAUUGCUUCAGGCAGGCGCUGGUCGAGAAGGGAACGAAGUAUCCGCGGCACUGUCACAAUUACUAGCUACCCAACCUCUGGAUGUACAACUAUUCUCUCUCCUGCUGAAACAUGGUAAUGUGGAUGCCAACUUCAAAGACGGCGAGCCUGUCACUCUCGCUGUUCGCGAUCCCGAUCCUGCCAUCCUCGAGCUCGUUAUCCAGUACGGAAAGCCGACACCCGAAACAGUGAAUCGCGGCCUCAACGAUCUCUCCAAAGUGCCAACGACAGCUGCAAAAGCUGCCAAAAUGUCUCUUCUUCUCUCAUGCCAAAUCCCACAAAAGGAUCACCUAGAUGUUCUCUUAUAUAACGAGGUUCAGGCUAUUCUUCAGAUGUCAUUGGAAAGUCGCAACUAUGAUGUCGUUGGAAUUCUCCUCUCAGCCGGUGCAGACAUCAAUUCCCACAACGCCGCCGCAUUCUGUUGCGCCGUAAAGGCAUGUAGCACACAGUUGACGGACCUAAUGCUGAGUGUUAAGCCAGCACCCGACACCCUAGCUGCGGCACUUCGACAUUCGGUGAACAUACCGGAUUCCAGUAACCGUCAAGAUUUCACCCGGAAGCUUGUCGAAGCCGGCAUUCCGAGUAUAGAAGUUAAUAGGGCGCUGAGCUACGCUCUACAUGCCCAUUUGUCUGACUACCAACUGAUCGAACUUCUAUCAACCUACGCCGACUCAACAGAUGGCAAAGCCCUCGGUCUCGCGGUGGAGAAGCAGGAUGUUCAAGCAGUGGAAUUGAUUUUGGCAAAGUCUUCACGAAAAUACCCUGCAGCGGUGCUCAAUACCACCUUUGCACAAGCCGUCAAGCUCAAGAAUCCUAAGAUUUGCGCAUCACUGCUUAAGAGGGGGGUGUCCGGUUCUGAAGUCUCCGACGCACUCGUCACCGCGGCGUCCGAUGGAAACCUGAUACUUGUCAAUCUAUUGAUGGGCCACGGAGCCAGCCUCGAGCACCAGGAAGGUCAAGCGAUAGUAGAAGCUUGCAAGAGCGCUGCCAUCUCCGUCUUGAGCGCACUGUUGCACCCCACGGCUCAGGUCAAGAAGCCGAUUUUAGUAAAGGGGUUUGAAGCAGCGAGUGUUAGUGUCACGGAUGUCAAGGAUCGUACGGAGAUCUUCCGACUCCUGCUGGAAAGAGGAGUCAACGGCGAGGUCGUGGACAAACAGCUUAUUGCCGCGGGAAUUCUUGGCGAUGACGGCGAGGCUCUGGUGCGCUUGCUGCUUUCUUAUGGGGCGGAUCCGGAUUACAACUCUGGCGAAGCUAUUUGGAAGGCGACCAAGAGGACAGCGCUGAAAAGUCUAAAGUUGAUGUUGGGUGUGGAAGAAGCAGCAGGUGAUCGGCAAAAGAAACCGUCGCAACAGACCUUGCUUAAAGCAUUGAAAGCCAGCCGGAAAUCGAGCCAGGACGCAAGGUAUCAAGUCAUUGAGUGGCUGUUUGCUGCAGGGCUAGAGCCAUCGGAGGAUGUGCAUACCGCGCUGCAUAGGGCUGUAAAGGAGGAGAGCGAUGUUCGCUUGAUUCGGCUCCUGCUCUCGCAUGGUGCUUCGCCUUUGGUAAAUGGGUGCGAGACGUUGAUGGAUGCGACUCGGUCGUACCGGGUUGAUGUGCUGGAGGCUUUGCUGACGUUUGAUGUUCCCGGAAAGGAUGUCUCGUGGACUUUCGAACAUUCCUUUACUCCAGAGGCAGCUGAGGAUUGGAUGACUGAACAAGGUCUCCUGAUUGCAGAGAUGUUGCUGGAGAAGGGCGCAGAGGGUGGUGAGCCUUUGUUCCCGGCUUUGAAUGUUGCUGUUGACGCAUACGGGACUGAACAUGAAGCACUGGCUCGUCGGUUUUCAACACUUUUGCUACAACAUGGGGCGAGCGUCACUUGUCAGGAUGGGCUCGUGCUGCAGAAAGCAGCCAAGAAGGCGAAUUCGGAACUUAUACAGCUGAUUCUGCAGCAGAAUCCAGAUGCUCACUCGGUUUCCAUGGCGUUUCCCCACAUAUUUGACGCAGACCUCCAAGAAGAAGAGAUCCUGUCACUGGUCGAACUAUUCAUCUGCUACGACUUUGAGGGAGAAGGGCUAGACGUCAUGACACCGUCCUCCCCGCCGAUUCUACUUCGUGCGCUCAACAAAUAUCCUCGGUCAGAGAAACUGCUGGAAACGCUUCUGAAUGCAGGCUAUUAUCAUGACCAGCUCACGACCAUGAGAGUCAUGGAUAGCAGCGAAGAAGAACAGGUCAAUCUGCUUUUUUGGGCAUUGAGUCAGCCUCAAAAGCGCAUCAGCAGCAGUAUCAUCCAGCUUCUCAUUGACAAAGGGGCAAAAGUCAAUUUUGAGACACGAGUGUCCAAACAGACUCCGCUUAUGCUCGCCAUCCAAAACAGACGGCCAGAUCUGGUCAAGGCGCUCCUUCUCGCUGGUGCCGAUGUGGAUGUUGCUGAUGCUGAUAAUAACACUCCGAUGGCACUGGCUACUGCGAUUGGAGGCGAACUAGGCACAGCCAUGAUGGCGAGUCUCUUGGCUGCCGAGCCAUCUCUCAACGAUGGUUCCCUGCAUAACGCCGCUAGGAAGCUCAACCUCGAAGCAGUCAAAGUGCUGAUCGAGUUCGGCCACGAUCCCGACUUCCCUAGUAUCGUUCAUGGCGGCCGGUCCGCCCUAGGAGAACUAUGCCUCAACGCAGCCGAAACCGGCCCCCUAUCAUCAACCCAAGAAAAGGAUAUGGAAAAAGUCAUGGCCGAACUGAUCAAGCGAGGCAGUGAUCUCUCCAUCCAAGCCGACGGAAAAUCCGUGCUCCUCCUCGCCCUGCACUCCACCGACCCACUCCCCAUCACCCGCGCUCUCCUCAAAGCCGGUGUCUGGAAAACCAUCAACGCCCCCGACCACCAAUGGACCGACGGCGUGUACACCUACUCUCCCACCCAAUACCUCCUCCGAAUCCUCCCGCCCAACAGCACCGACCGUUCCGCCCUCCUCAACCUCCUUAGAUCCUACCGCUGCCGGGACGUCUACUACGCCAACGACGGGCCACAGCCCGAAGGCGCCGUCAACCUGCCCCGCGAGCUCCUUCGCGCCGAACGCGAACGUCGCGCCCGCGCCGAGCGUAUCGAAAAGGAGACAGAGGAACACCACAUUGCCAUUGCGCGCACAAAGGAGAUUGCGACCAUGCAAAACAAAAUCUUCCUCGCGCGCGCCGAGCUAGAAGAUAGUCGCAUCCGCCGGCAGCGGGACGAGGAGAUGGAAGCCGUGCGCAGCCGGCAGACGGUCGAAGAAGAAGCCUUCGCGGCCGAACUGCACCGUCGUAAAGCUGAACGCGAAGCGGGCAUGAAGCAUGAGCGCCAGCUUCUCGAAGCCGGAUUAUCGAGGGCUAGGCUGGUGAGCGAGGCGGAGCUGGAGAUGGAAGAGAGGAAGCGGGAACAGACGGCGCAGUGGGAGCAGCAGAGGCUGCAAGCGGCGAAGCAGCUGAGUGAUGUGAGGGUGCACGAACGCAGGGAGAUGGAGAGGAUCGAGGCGAUGAGUGAUGCGCGGAUGGUGAAGAGGUUGGGGGAGCAUAAGAAGUUGGUGGAGACGCAGGAGAGGUUGGCGAGGAGCUUGAAUGGGGCGGGUCAGCCAGGAGGGGGCAGGAGGCAGAUGGGGUAUAUUACUGGAGAGUUGGAUUGAUGGUGAUGGUGAUGGUGAUGGUGAUGG